CACCUCACUCCGUCAGUCAUUCCCCACACUCUCCUCUCAAUCCCAAGUCAAAAAAGUUACUUUCUCUCUCCUCUUCUUCUUCCCAUGAACACCUUCAAUCUCUAGGGUUUUCUCCCCCAAAAUCUAGGGUUUUUGCGCCUUCCAUUUUCUCCUUAAAUCCCCCAUUUCUCUCUUCUUCAAUCCCUCUUUUCUCUCUCUCCAAUGGCGAAGACUCGCCCAGGAAAGCGGGACCUUGAUUCAUACACUAUUAAAGGCACCAACAAGGUCGUCCGAGUUGGAGAUUGUGUUUUGAUGAGACCUGCUGAUGUGGGCAAACCACCCUAUGUUGCUCGUGUUGAAAAGAUUGAAGCUGAUAGCAGGAACAAUGUGAAAGUUAGGGUUAGAUGGUAUUAUAGACCUGAAGAAUCUAUGGGAGGAAGAAGACAGUUUCAUGGUGCUAAAGAAUUGUUCUUGUCUGACCACCAUGAUGUACAAAGUGCUCAUACAAUUGAAGGGAAGUGUAUUGUUCACUCAUUUAAGAACUACACUAAGCUUGAGAAUGUUGGGGCUGAUGAUUACUUUUGUAGAUUUGAGUAUAAGGCUGCCACUGGUGCUUUUACUCCUGAUCGUGUUGCUGUGUAUUGCAAGUGUGAAAUGCCGUAUAAUCCCGAUGAUCUUAUGGUGCAAUGUGAGGGCUGUAAGGACUGGUUCCAUCCUUCUUGCAUGGGCAUGACUAUUGAAGAAGCAAAGAAGUUGGAUCACUUUUUAUGCUCAGAUUGUGCUGCUGAAGAUGAUCCGAAGAAAGGGGGCAACUCAUUCUCUGCAUCACCGCUAGCUGAUGGCAAGCCUGAUAACAAGCGGAGAAAGAGAUAAGAUCCUAGGAGGUGAUCUACAAACCUGGAGUUUGCGUUGUCUUACUCUAGCCGAACUUUGAAGUCACCUUGUAGAACUAACUGUGUUGUGAGAGUUGUAUUGUCAGCUGUGAACUUAAUGCCAUGCUUGUGCUCAAAACUAGCCUGGGGCUGUAAUUUUCUGUGUGUUUGUGCCCCUGAGCGGAUGCAUGUAUGACUUCUCUGUAAUUUAAAAUCCUGUGCAGAAGGAUAAUUCAGUUAUAGGCUCCUCUAGCCAUGGUUGAAUUGAUCAAUUUCGGUGCCAGAUUUUCUGCUGCUAGUGCCAAGUCUUCUUUCUGAUGGGCGAUAUCAUUGUUUAACCAUUUAACAAAUGGGGAAGUUCGGCAUUAGUUCAGUAAGGUAAAGUUUCUGGUUUUUUGAUGCAGCCUUCAGGUAUGUUGCCUGGAAGGUAGAAAUUUAGGCAUAAAUGUAGUAAACUAAGCUCUCCGGUUUUAGUUAGCAAUCUGGCUCGAAGUCACAGGAUGAGCAAAGCUGAAGAAGAUUGGAAGGAAACAAACGAAAUUAUUUAGUUGUGUGUAAUUGGAUAGCUUAACAAUUCCUUUCUGAAUAUAUUAGUUCUGUGAUUCCUUCCUCCCUUGAAUGUCAA